AUGACUGUACAGAUAAACGAACUGAAACGUAUCGGAGUUUUAGAAAAGCCUACUUCUUUGACUCCCGGUUUCUUCUCCCGCAUUUUUUUUGUAAAAAAGAGCGAUGGUGGCCUGAGACCGAUUUUCGACCUUCAGGAGUUGAACAAGUUUGUAGGAACAAAGCAUUUUCAUCUUAUAAGCCAUACCAAGGUACCAGAUUUCCUUCAACCUGGAGAUUGCAUGGUAAAGGUCGACAUUUCACAGGCAUAUUUCCACCUACCUAUAGCAAUGUCACACAGACCUUUCCUGCGACUUUUUUACAAACAAGUAUUGCUUCAAAUGACCUCACUUCCAUUUGGCCUAUCAUCAGCCCCAAGGCUUUUCUCUGCUGUAACUUGCUGGGUCGCGGAAACCCUACGAAAGAAAGGAAUGCGUGUUCUAGUAUACCUGGACGAUUAUCUUAUAGUGCACCAGGACCCCUCCAAGUUAGUAUCACUGACCACGGAGGUGGUGAAGCUCUUGGAAUUACUGGGCUGGCAAGUGAAUUUCAAAAAAUCAAUACUGACCCCAAUGAGAUCACUCGAGUUUCUAGGCAUAAAAUGGAAUACAGACGAAAAUGUAAUGAGUCUUCCUGCCAAAAAGAAAACAUCAAUCUUGACUGCAAUAACAAAAAUAUUAACAACGAAAUCCUGCCAUCUUCGGCAAUUACAAUGCCUUCUGGACCAACUAAAUUUUGCAUGUUAUGUAAUACUUCGCGGUCGACUUCGCUGUCGCCGUUUACAAAUGUUUCUAAGACGAUUCUCAGGGAAUCAGGUAAGAACAAAAAGACCAGUCCCUCGGGGGGCAAUCCUGGACUUACAAUGGUGGCAGGGAGCCCUAUCAUUGACAACGCCUAUUCACACAAAAAGUGUAUCGCACUUCCUGACUACAGACGCCUCCGACAUCGGAUGGGGCGCUGUUCUGGACAAAAAGACCAUGUCAGAUUCAUGGGCACCUUACCAAAGGCCCUGGCAAUGCAACAAAAAUGAGAUGUUUGUCGUACUGUCUGUAAUGAGGUUGAACGCAAAGAGGCUCAGAGACUCUCAUGUGCUUUUACAAACAGACAACAAAACUGCCAUGGCAUAUAUUCGCAAAGAAGGAGGAACGCAUUCCAUAGGACUCCUAUCUCUAACUUUUCAACUUCAACAUAGACAAGUGGACAAGUGGAACAUAACACUUUCAGCCCAAUAUCUCCCCGGCAGAUACAAUGCGAUAGCAGGCAGACUGUCGCGGAGACGUCCUGUACCAGAAUGGCAUUUAAAACCUCGGGCAACAUCGGAGGUGUUCAAGCGAUGGGGCAAACCAGAUAUAGACCUCUUUGCAUCAGAAAGAUCCGCUAUAGUACCAAACUAUAUAACAAUAGAUUCACGAGACUCUUCCGCAAUGUUCAUAGACUCCUUUUCAAGAGAGUGGAACUGUCAACUGGGAUGGAUAUUCUCCCCACCAAACUUGAUUCCGCGAGUACUCUCAUAUCUCAACAAGUCGAGAGGUACCUUCCUGUUAGUAGCACCAGAUUGGGAGAAACCGUUUUGGAGAGCGGAUCUUCAGGCACGAGCACUCGACAAGCCAAUGAUUGUGACCUCGUUACAGGAAGUGUUAGUGGACCUCACAACAGGCCUUCCAUCUCCGCAAGUAGACCGGCUAACCCUGAAGGUUUGGAAAAUUGGGGGUGGGGAGAUAAAUUAG